GGCCUAACCGAGACAGACUCGACCAGACGACCACGCACGGCGGACGGCGGCGAGGGUUUAACCCAAGACGAAGCCGCCGCCGCCGCCGAGAGCGGAGACUCGGAAAGGCGCACCCACGGCCACGGCCCCAGAGAAGCCGCGCGAAUCCCGGAGAAGCGGCGGAGGAGAUGCUUCUCGAGGAGCUGCUCCGCUGCCAGAUCCACGAGUGGUACCCGGCCUUCCGCCGCCACUCCAUCCCCACCGUCACCAUCCCGCUCCCCGCCGCCUUCCUCCGCUACCUCGCCGGCCAAGCGGCCUAUCCCGACCCCGACGCCGACGCCGACGCCGACGCCGAUGAGGAGCCGCUUCCGUUCCUCCUCCCCGCGAUAACCUCCGGCCGCCAGCCCUUCGCGCCCGUCCACGCCCACCAUCCGGACCCGGAUUCCCUCCUCAGCUCCGAGCUCUUCUUCGGCUCCAGCACCGACGACGUCUACGACCCCGACGCCGACCACCCGCACCGGCCGGAGUUCCCGGAGCUGGAGGCGGCCAUCGACGCCGCCAUCGCGGAGCUCGGCGGUGCCGCGCUCCCCAAGCUCAACUGGAGCGCGCCCAAGGACGCCACCUUCAUGUCCGCGGAUGGCACGACCCGGUGCACGUGCUUCGCCGAGGUUGCCAUGCUGCUCCGCGCCUCCGACUGUGUGGCCCACGACCUCGCCGCCGCGCGCCAAUCGUGCGAGGAUUUUGUGCGCCCGGAGGGUGCUCGACGGAAUGCCCGGAAAGUUAGUGCUGGUGCCGAGGAAGGUGCUCGGCCUAAUGCCAAUGAGACUGGUGGUUCAAGCGACAUAGGUGAGGAUGGAGGCAAGACAAAUGCUGUGGAUUGUGAUGCGGAAGAUGCACAGGAAGAAGCAAGUAAUGGGGAUACUUGGGUGGACGAUGGUUUCCAAUACCAUCUCGCCCUCCGCAAGUGGUACCCAGGACUCCGCCCUGAGUCAGAGUUCAGAUGCUUCGUGCGGGAGCGGAAGCUGGUUGCUGUGUCCCAGAGAGAUGCAUCAGCUUACUACCCAUCGCUGCCUGGAUGGAUUUCUGAGGUGCAACCGAAGAUUGAGGUUUUCUUUGAGGAAGUGAUUGAACCACAGUUUGGUUCAAACAGCUAUACAUUUGAUGUGUACGUGACAACUCAUGGGCGAGUCAAGCUGAUAGAUUUCAAUCCAUGGGGUGGUUAUACCUUGCCGCUGCUGUUUACUUGGGAGGAGCUUGAAGAGGAGGGAAGAGAUCAUGAGCUGGAGUUUAGAGUAGUCAUGCAGCAGGGUGCAGUGAGGCCAGGAUUGAUGACAGCAGUGCCAUAUGAUAUGCUGGAUUGGGGGGAGGGGAGUGGCUGGGAUGUUUUUCUGAAGAAGGCUGAUGAAGAGCUCAACAGACAGAUGAACUCACUAGAUGGUGAUUGAUAAUUUCAUUUCAGGAAAAGAUGUUUGGAGUAUGCAGUAUGUGCACAACUUAAAGUGAUAUCUGCUGAUUUUCUUGCCAGCCACAUACUAGCAGUCACCUGCUUUCUUAAGAUUGAUAUGCAGUCUCCUGCCACUAUGAUGUUUUUUUUUUUUGUUUCCGGUUACCCUUUGUAGUGCUAGGCUGAUAGUGGAGAUCACCUAUUAUAGCCACAUCAUCUCAUGUAUUGGUUAUUCAGUUAUAACCUCCAACAUAACUAAUAAGCGGUUUAGUUUAGUGGAGCUGAUGGUUAGUACUUGAAUCUUCAGAAAUGUAUUUGCAGUGGAAAUUUGUUGCCCGUCUGCUCAGCUGCAAUGAAUAUCCCUCAUCUUUCAUUGCUGUUUA